AUGAGUGGAUUGACAGAGGAAGACAUCACUCGGUUCGACGUCGCCUUUUACGACGAGUCCAUCGGUGAUGGCGUUUUGGCGCCGGAAAUUGUCCAAGAAUGGAUGCGCAACCUGGGCGUGUCCCUCCCUGCCUCUGCCUUCAAGGAUCUAGUCCAUCGCUUCAAUGCCAACGAUAUCAACAUGAGCCAAUUGUUGGAAAGCCUGGCUCGCUUCAUUCCUACAACGACCUCGGAUGAAAAUCUGCGUAUUGCUUUCAAAGCUUUUGAUACAGACCGCUCGGGCAGCGUUUCUCGCCAGGAACUCAAAUCCAUGCUGGAGAAACUAGAUCACCGUCCCACCAAUGCGGAGGUGGAGGAAAUUCUCAACGCUGUCGACGCCAAUGGAGACGGAGAGAUUGAUUAUGAUGAGUUUGUGAAACUAAUGUCUUAG